AUGAAUGUCGUUCCCUUUCCGGACGUGUCCGGCUUGCGGAGCACGAAUCGGGAUCGCAGCGACGUUGUGGUCGCCCAGCGCGACUUGGGCCUGCUGCCGAGCCGCUUUCUUGUGGAAGGAAAGCCCGAUGCAAAACCACAAGUCACAGUAACGGCGCUGUUUGCUAUCCUGCUUCAUCAUUAUCUUGCACACGAAAACUCGGGCAUCACCUUCUUGCGCUCAUCUGCGACCUCUGGACAGGAUGGCGGUCAUCCCGAUGCCAAGUGGAUGCCUCUCGAGGUGAACUUGACAGCCGAGCUCGCCGACGGGGGCAGACAUGCAACUGUUUCGGACAUUCAAAGCCUUCUUAAGGAAAAGAUUCUUCAUGUGUGCAAGGAGCCUGAAAAGUCAGAACAGGCGCUGGCUCGAAAGCACGCAGCUUGUGCUGCUCUCUCCAUUGGAGGGCACGCGGAUGAUCUGCGGCAUUUGGUUUCGGGAGGAAAGGUCGCACUCGGCCUGCAUAUAAGUGUCGCGCCUGCAGGGAAUGCGCAGCUGCGCGUCCAGCUCCUUGCCUCCUCUGCAGUCCACUCGGACACCUCGGCGAAUCUAAUGUUAGCGCAGUUCGUCACGCUAGCCGACGCAUUCCACGGGCCUGGGAAGGAGAAGAGCCCGGCGUUAUCGACUGCUCUUUUUCCAAACAGCCAGCUCGCCUUUGACAAUGCCAAUCCACGCACCUUGACCGAGCGCGACGCGGGAAAGCCAAUAGAUGACGCCGAGGAGGAAGAGAUGGCACUGGAAACUAAUGUAGCAGACGACUUCGAGACGGCACGCCUGGAGGACUUGUUCGCAAACUCUGCAAUUCGCUUUCCUCAGCGGCUCGCCAUCGACUUUCAACCUGGUCUGGCCUGCAUAUCUUCCCGUGGAAAACCGAUGGGGGAGCAGGUGGGUAUCCAGCUUGCGCAGUGGACGUAUGCCGAAGUGCGUCAGCGCUCCGAUAUCCUCGCUGCCAAGCUUCAGAGCGUCGGGAUCGGCCAGGGACGCGAGUCGCUUGCACAUCCAGACGAAGCAGUCGACAUUGUCGUUCUAUGUCUGCCCAAAUCGGCUUGGACGUACCUGUCGAUGCUUGCCGUCAUCAAGGCGGGUGCAGCCUGGUGCCCAAUCGACGUGCAGUGGCCCGCAGAGCGCAGGCAGGCGCUGAUCUCAAAAGCUCGCGCCAAGUGCGUCGUCACUGUCGGAAGCCAGCUGGCAGAACAGGUACACGGUGAUGUUCGCGCUUCUGAAACGUCCAUCCCCGUGGUCGGACUCGAUUCGCUUGAUUGGUCUCCGGAAGCUGCUGCUGCUGCAUCUCGCAGCUUAAAGGGCACAGAUGAGCUCCGUGCACACAACGGCACCCCGAGCAGCGGCCUUGCGUAUGCGAUCUGGACAUCCGGUACGACAGGCCUUCCAAAAGCAGUUGGUAUCCGGCAUUUCAGUGCUGUGCAAGCCAUCCGCUCCCUCUGCCGGGUCAUUCCACACUCGCACGUUGAUACGGUGCGCUACCUCCAAUUUUCCGAGUACUCCUUCGACCUCAGCAUUAUGGACACUUUCUACACGUGGGCAUUGGGCGGCACAAUCUGCUCAUCGGACCGCGCCUCGCACCUGACAGACUUGGCGGUUGUUGCUAACAAGCUGCGCGUCACACACUCACUGCUCACGCCGGCGGUGAUGGCGAUGAUGAAGCGCGAAGACAUUCCGUGCAUCAGCGUGCUCAUCUCGGGCGGUGAAAAGCUGAGCCAGGUGGUGGCAGACGAGUGGAGUCGCGAAGACUGUUGCUUGCUCAACCUUUACGGACCAGCGGAAGCGACCCUGAUCGCAAUGCACCGCCGCGUUCCCGUGAACGACACCUUCAAGUCGCCCAAUAUCGGCGUCGCGCUGCCCACCGCGUCGUGCAUCAUUCUUGACGCUCGCGGUGAGCUUGUGCCAAAGGGCUGUGUCGGCGAGCUGUGCCUCGGUGGCAGCCAGCUCGCGCAGUCGUACCUCUUUGAACCAGAGAAGACCGAAAAUAAGUUCGUCAACCAUCCGCGCUUUGGGCGCAUCUACCACACAGGCGACCUUGCGCGUCAGCUGGCAGACCAGUCGAUAGAGUACCUCGGGCGCAGCGACGACCAAGUCAAAAUUCAUGGCAUCCGCAUCGAGCUGCUUGAGAUCAACGCUACGCUAAAAGCAGCGUCACGCAGCGUGCGGGAUUCUGAGACCAUGGCACUUCCCUCACAUGGCAGGGACGAAGACGGAGGCCAGCAAAUCGUCAACUUUAGCGUUGUGGAGGGGGAUCAUUUGCAGGCCUCGCCAGAGACGCCUACGCAAGAGCUGUUGCGCACAGAUGCGCACGCGGCUAACAUCGCGCGAGAGCUUCGCGCUUUUGCCAUUGCCAAACUGCCGUCGUACAUGGUCCCAUCUCUAUUUGUCAUCUUGCGCCGCUUUCCACGCAACUCCUCCGCCAAGAUCGAUCGGGUCGCGAUCAAACACGCUCUGUCUCAGCUCGACAUCCAGCAAUGGGAGGGUGCCAUUGCUGCUACAGACGCAAAAUAUUUCGCCUGCGAUGACGAUGGCGAUUGGGAAAUGAGCAAAGAGGCAGCGCAAAUCAGAAGCGCGGUGGCGGAGCUGUGUCACGUCGAUGCUGCGAUAAUCGGCGGCACAACCCCGCUGCUCAGCAUUGGACUCGACUCGAUGAAAGCCAUCGCGCUGGGGCGCAAACUCGCAAAGCUGGAUGUGCAUGUUUCAGCUGUCGACAUUAUCCAGCUUGGAACGCUGAGAAAGAUCACAGAGCACAUCGUUGCACCCAUGACGAAGGGCGCAAAUGUCGAUACCGACCUCGAGAGGGAGUUGGAAGAGUUCGAUCAGUCGUACCGACCGGCUGUAUCUGCAGCACUGCACUGCAGUGACAGCGAAAUCGAAGCCAUCCUCCCGCUUUCGGUUGCACAGGUUGGCAUGCUGGUCGAGACAUUGCGCGACCCAAGUUCUUACUGGAUCAGGCGUGUUUUCACUUUACCUCUGGACGUUGACGUCAAGCAACUCAAAGAAGCGAUCCGUGUGGCUGUUGCCGCGACAGAGGCUCUGCGUACUUGCUUUCUUCCGGUCGAACUCUUUGAGGAUGAUGGGGUGGCUGCUUCGUCAUUGGCCAAGCGACUGCAGCAGUACGUUUUCCCUCCCUGCUCAUACUUCCAGACUUGCACACUUAACGUUUCACGACCCUUCCACAGACCAUUCUUACAGGCGGUGAAGACACACGCGCCGGCGCAAAUCACCCUAGCACAGACGAUAUCAUCUGAUUACCUUCCCCUCAACCUUGAACCUCCAGUAAAGUUCACGAUUUCUACCUCGACUUCUGAAGCUCGUCUGACCGUGCAGAUACAUCACACUUUGUACGACGCUCACUCUCUCGACCUCCUGCAAAGCAGCAUCAAUGCGUGCUACUCGAUGACCGUAGAACGGAGCUCUUCGGGACCAACAACUAAAGCCGCAGUUCAUCAACUCCUGCGGGUAGACGAAGCUUGGAAUGAAGACGCGCAUUCCGCCUGGUCGCAGAUUUUGCAACCGUUUGCAGGUCGUCUGGAAUCCCCAUCGUUUCCCGACAUUCGAGAAGCAACGUUGUGCGAGAAAACGAAGGAAUUCAAGACCGUCAAGAUCGUCCUCACAAAAAGCACCGUCGACGUUCAGCAAGCCGCAACGGCUCUGAAUGCAACGCCACGCGCAGUCUUUCUUUCAGUUUGGGCAUACCUUCUCAAGUGCUAUUUCGGUACUUCCGCCUUUCUGGUGGGCGAGACGAUCUCAUUGCGAGGCGUGUCAUCGACUCUGGCAGACGCCAGCUGCUGUCUCAUAACGACUGCUCCUGUGCCCGUCCAAAUCAAUGAGACGACAGUGUGGCGCGAUAUCGUGGACGCGAUUCAUCGCGCGCAUCAGUGCUCCAUGCGCUAUCCUCAGAUCUCGAGUCAAGCCAUACGCAAGCUCCUCGACUUGCCCGCAAGGCAGUCACUCUAUGCAGCGCUCUUCACAUACACCCCAGAAACAGGUUCCGUUGAAGUCGCUGGACCUCUAUUGUCAGCGCGAAACGAAGGAAUCAGUGUUGAGCAUGCCAUCGCAUGUGAGAUUUUGAGCGCUCGCAACGAAACGCACGCUAUCGCCGAAAUCACCUACGAUCCGCGCAUUGCAGACGAGUCGGGCGCGCAGGAGAUACUUACUCAGCUGGACCAUCUCAUCAGCUCAAUCGCUGAACGCCCGUCCAGUGCAUUGGGGCCAACUAUUUGGCAGGGCCUCCCGCUGAGCUCACUCUCUCAGAGCACGACGCCUUCACUAUCUCAGCCCCCUCGCUCGGCUAUAGGUGCUGUGCUGCAAGAGUGUCAAAGUCGGAUGCACACCGCAGCGGUAGAGGUGUGGCACGAGAACGACUCUCACCUCGAGCCGAACACAUUUACCUACGAGGCGCUUUUAGAUAAGGUUUGUCGCGUUGCUUCCUAUCUCGAGGCCGAAGCCCCUGCCGGUGCUCGUGUUGCGGUUGAUCUCCCUCGGACCAUCCACACAUAUUCAAUUAUGCUCGCCAUCUUUGCCACAGGAAGGUGUUACGUUCCCAUCGACCAAUACCUACCUGCUGGCAGGAAGCAAGUUCUGCUAGAAGAAAGCGAGUCUCACAUCUGCGUCGCAACCGCUGGUGGAACAAAGCCAGUCAAGACCGUGUCGUUGGACGAGCUAUACAGCUUAGGCUCAUCAUGGGCCCCCGCGCAGUUCCCACCCAAAGAGACUCUGGCGUGCAUCAUGUUCACAUCCGGUAGCACAGGAAAGCCCAAGAAGGUGGGCCUUUCCCAUGGAAAUCUCGACGCUGCACUCAUGUCCUUUGAGCACAUCAUUGGCAAGGCCUCUUCUGUGACUGAAUCAUCACGCUUCAUGGCCCGCUCCGCGGAGGCCUUUGAUGUUCACUUGCUUGAGGCUCUGCUGCCGUUGUCUAUGGGUGCAACGGUCGUCACCGCAAGCCGAGACCUUAUCAUGGAAGACCUCCCGGCUGUGUUGCGAACUUUGAGGGUAACACAUGCUGCUGUUGUCCCAUCGCUCUUCCAGCAUCCUGACGGACGACCGGUGCUCCCAAGCGAUCUUCCAGACCUCAAAGCCUUGAUAAUCGGUGGGGAGCGGAUCAAAGAUUCUACUGUUCACCUUUGGACGAAGACCAACACUCCCGUUCUGCAGGCGUACGGCCCUACGGAAGCAACUAUUGGAUCGUCUUGCAAGCACGUCGACGCCGCAUCCAAAGCGGGAAAUGUCGGUGCCGCAUUCCCGGGAUCUACAUACAAAGUGGUUGAUAUUCAUACAUGCCGGGGCCUCGCAACACUGCCCCGCGGCCAUGUGGGCGAGCUGGUAAUACUUGGCCCGCAGGUCGCAGAAUAUGGAUACUGCGGUGCCAAGGACAACGUUUUCGGAAUUUGCGACGGGCAGAAGAGCUACCGUACAGGAGAUCUCGCAAGGAUGCAUGGCAACGGCGAGGUCGAGAUCCUCGGCCGCAAAGGCGCAUCUCAGGUGAAGAUCAACGGAGUGCGCAUCGAACUUGACGACGUAGCUUCCACUAUCCUGCAUGCACCGUCCAUGCACGCUGUGCAUCUGGUCAGCAUCGCCGUCAAUACGAAAACUCGUGCAGCCGGUAAAGCUAUCGCUGUAUUCGCCUCUCGACGUGCCAAUCGCACCGAGGUGGAACCCUCUUUCAUCGUAGACAACGAGCUGGAGUCAAGUAUCCAAAAGGAGGCGCGAGAGCGGCUUCCUGCGGCCAUGAUUCCAUCAUACGUACUGAUACUCGACUUUUUGCCGUUGCACAUCGUGUCCGCAAAAGUAGACCGCACACGUCUACUGCAAGCCUUUGAGCAGUAUGAUUCAUUCGAGAAGUCGCAAGAAGGGCUGAAGUUGCCAUCCGACGGAUCCAAAGGUUCUUCCGACGACAGCAUCUUGGGACCGCUGAAAAUCCUCUGUCAAAAGCUUCUUCAGCUGGCUCGCAGUCCUGGGGAAGACGAUGACUUGUUCAGGUGUGGGCUUGACAGUAUCCUUGCGAUUCGCCUGGCGUCUUCGAUGCGCCGGCAAGGGUGGACGAUCGAUGCGCAAUCGGUACUGGCAAAUCCCACAUUGCGGCAGCUUGCGACGCUCGUGAUGAGAAGCCAGAUAGGCGAUACUUCAGAGUCUUCGGAAACAGCGCUUCAUGACAUUGAGCCAGCUCACAUUGCAGGCGAAAUUGGCGCGGAUAUCGGCAGCAUAGAGGCGGUUCUGCCAACAGUACCUUCGCAAGCUGCUAUGCUCGCAAGCUCCGUGAUAGAAGACGGCGGCACCUACGUGACGUCAAUGUCCUGCAGCUUGCCCCUGGUGGCUGACUUGGUACGAUUGCGGGAUGCAUGGGAAUCUGUCAUCAUGGCGCAUGCGAUUUACCGAGCAACCUUUGUUCCACAUGCGCAAGACUGGGUUCAAGUGAUUCUCAAGAAAGUCCCUGAAGGUGUGCUUCCUUUGGCAGCUUGGAGCCCAACAACCUUUGAACAGCAAGAUCUGGCUGAUCUGGUUAAGAACAUGGCGGUUGUACCCCCGCUCCGUGUGCGCUUCGUGCUCGACAGUGGCAUGCAUCCGAGGGUCAUCGUCCUCAUCCACCAUGCUCUGUACGACGGUGUCUCUCUCCCUCGACUUUGGUCAGCAGUUGCAGACGCAUACGCAGGUCGCCAGUUGAAUCCGACAAUACCCCAUGGGGUAGCAGCUCGCAGGAUCUGGAUGAGCACUCCGAAAGAUUCACCCAGUUUCUGGAGAAAGUACCUGAAUGGAGCCACUGCCAGCCGCUUUCCUUGUCUCACAGGGCGCAGACUGCGUGGAUCUGUGGCUGCAGAGUACGAAGAAUCCGACCUUUUGGCCUCAUUGCCCUUGUCAAGGCUUCGUCAACGCGCGGCUGAGGCUGGAGUCACGCCGCACGUGUUCAUUGCGAGCAAGCUAUUCCACUUGCUGUCCGCUUACCUUGCCCAGCAUGAUGUGACGAUCGGCCUUGUCCUCAGCGGACGCCAUUUGUCGAUCGAGGGGAUUGAGGAUGCACAUGGACCUUUCCUUAAUGUAGUCCCCUGGAGACUUCAAUCGGCUCCCUCAACUGACGCAAAGGAGCUGCAGAGCAUCUUUACGGAAGUCUUUCGUCACCAAGCCGAAGGAUUGACUCGGAUCCUUCGUCACGCUGGGCUCACCACCAGUCCCUUUGACAUGCUGUUUGCCUUCACCGAAAAGGAAGUCCACACCGAUAAUGCUGUGCAGUCCAUCCUUCAACCUGAUCCCUCCGCCACGCGCAUGCGACAUGACUUUCCCCUUGCUCUCGAGGCUUGUGCCGGACCACUAGAGGACCAUGUCAAUCUACAUCUUCGCUACUCAACCAAAGUUCUCCCAACCAAACAUGCAGACUUACUGCUCCGGCAGCUCGAUUGGCUUCUCAGUGAGCAGAAGUUCCCGAAGGCGGCUCCUUCUCUGCUCUCGGUCGAGAACCCGACACCAGUUUGGCCGCAAGAGCAACAUCACUUCCUCACUCGCUUCUCUAAUGUUGUCCGCCAAAGCCCAGAUGCAGAUGCACUGCGGUGGCGGCACACGACUGGAGACAUAGAAGUUGUGACAUUUGGGCAGCUUGACAGAGCCAGUGAUAACCUUGCAACCAAGAUUGUCCACUCGUCUGCGCCAAAUAUCGCUGUGCAUCUUGAUCGGGGCAUUGAGUGGUACACAGUCAUGCUGGCAAUCUGGAAAAGUGGUAAGGGCUACGUUCCAUUGGACACUUCGCUCCCCGAACAGCGGGUCUUGUACAUGCUCGAAGCUGUAGCUGAUGCAGCGAUCAUCAGUCACCAAGUCCUUCCUAUCUUCGCAAGAUACGAGCGGAUUUCCCUCUCUCAGGCAACUACGUACGACCAAAGAAAGAUCGCGGUCCCGUCUCCAGCCCUCAGUCACACGGCAUACAUCAUGUUCACCAGCGGCUCCACUGGCAAACCGAAAGGUGUCCGACUUAGUCACAUGGCACUGGCUGCAGCCAUUUUGUCUUGGAAGGAAAUGCUUCCACACUCCGAGUCUUCUAGGAUGCUACAGCUGGCCUCGCCAGGCUUUGAUGUCUCCUUGAUUGAGAUUUGCAUGCCGCUGGCUCUCGGCUUCGCGGUCACGUCGGGCCCAAAAGACUGGCUUCUUAAUGAUCUCUCAGGCGCCAUGCAGGAGCUUGGAGUCACUCUGGCAGACUUGCCCGCCGCUCUAGUGCCUUCGAUCCCUUUGGGCCUAUCUUCUCAGCUAGAAUGGCUGAUGAGCGGUGGUGACGCGAUCGACGAGAGGGUUCUAGCAUCCUGGGGCCCUACCGGCAAGCUUGUCAAUGCAUGGGGACCCACUGAGACUUGCAUAGGCAACACACUGGGUUUUGUGCAAGAAAAUACCAGCCGUACUCUGGUAGGAACUGCCUAUCCCGGCAGCACGGUUCUGAUCUUGGACGAAUCGAAAAAAUCGACCGCCAUCCGUGGUGCCUCGGGCGAAAUAGCUGUAGCAGGGCCUCAACUUGCAGACGGGUACAUCGGACGACCUGAUCUGACUAGCAAGGCCUUUGUACAACUCGCCGAUGGAACCCCGAUCUAUUUGACCGGCGAUGUCGGACGGAUGCUGGCAGACGGUCGCUUGCAAUGUCUUGGGCGCGUCGACAAGUCAAUGGUCAAGAUCAAUUCCCAAAGAGUCGAACUCGACGAAAUUUCAGCCGCGCUCAGAUCCUCGGCAGAGGUCACGGACGCCACAACUCUCUAUGUCAAACACCCCUCGGUUAAACGAAAUCAGCUGGUAUCGUUCUUGACGAUCUCAUCACAGAAUGCUGCGAGCGAAAGCGGACCAUUGGCUUUACUCAAGAGUCAAGAAGCAGCAACCGUCAUGGCGUCGGCACUCUCACAUAUUGAGAAGCACCUUCCGCACUACAUGAUUCCGGUGCACAUUUUCGUCUUGGCCAACAAGCGGUUGCCUCUGACCAUGAACAAUAAAAUCGACGGAAAAUCUCUGCAGCAAUUUUUCGAUAAUUUGGAACUCACUUCCAGACGCUUUGCGGAUGGGGCGCAGCGAGCGGAGACAAGGCCCCGGACGAUGCUCGAACUUCAGAUAGCAAGCACUGUGGCUACAUUUUGUGAUCGUCCAGCUGCUGACAUGAACGUUCAAGCUUCUUUCCAAAGCCUUGGUGUAGAUUCGAUUUCCAGCAUUGCUCUCGCAAAGCAACUCGCCGAAGCUCUGAAGCAGCCCGUCCGAGCUCGUGACGUGAUUCAGCAAAGAACGAUUUCAGCCCUUGCCGACUUUCUACAAGGUCCUAAAUCGACUUCACAAGGGGACGAGGACGCUGUGGUGAAUGUGGACCCAUCCUUUGCGGCAGAUGCUAUGCGCCUUAGUCAACAGGACCUCGUUGCGAAGGCUCGUCUGUGCAUUCCAAUGCAGAUUGGAAUGCUGAGUCAAGCACUCGUCAGCGAAGGAAAGAAAUACGUGCACGUGUUUCACUUCCGCGCUCCAAGUGGCGAUGCGGUAGCUGUACAAACUGCGUUCACUGUUCUGAUCGGGGCACACGAUAUCUUCCGCCUUACCUUCCAUCCCAACCGCGGACAACAUCCUUGGCUGCAGGUUCUGCAUUCUGAUUCUCAGAUCAUUGCUGAAAAAUGCGUGAGGGUGGAUCACUGUCUUUGGGAUGCGCAGGCUUUGUCACAGAUUGCCAAAGAUAUCGCAAGCUUGGAACACUUCCCGCGUUUCCGGGUCAACAUUGUCCCGAGUGAGGACGGAUCAUUGGUGCAGCUGGUCAUGCAUCACGCGCUCUAUGAUGGUGACACGAUGGCGCUGCUGAUGCGCUCCGCCAAUGACGCUCUUUCUGGGCGUGCGGUGGUCCAUACGAGCUGGUUUGAUGCUUCUAAGGACCUCCUUCCGCGUGCCAAGGAUAUUGACUUCUGGACUCGACGUCUCUCUUCGAUCACGUCAUCGCGAUUGCAAACGCGAUACCUACAUCGGCCUGGCCACUUGACGACCUCAGUCCAACUGCCUCUACCCCUGUCAGAAGCUCGUCAGCUUGCAAAAGCCUCGGGAGAAACACUUGCGACCAGCUCGUUUCUCGCUGUGGCAGUUGCAUUGGCGGAAUGGCAAGCAUGCUCGCAAAUCGUCAUUGGCAGGAUCCCAGGUCUCAUGAUCAACACGGUGCCUUCGGCGUUCAGCCUUGGGCAACUUGCGAACAAAUCCGCUGUGGAAGCCAUCCAAUACACGGGUGAUCAGCUAAGGGACGAGUCUGAGCAUGAUCUGGUCUCGCUUAGAGACAUUUCAAAGGCCUUGAGGCUCACAGAAGCACUCUUUGACGUCUUGUUUGAUUUCCAAGACGUUCAUGAGCCUGCCGGGGUGGAAAUGACUCUGCUAGACGAAGGCAACAAUGACCAUGGUGAUGAAGGCGAUAGCGAGCUUCAUCCUCGUCUCCACUCCAGCGCCUCCAGUACUACAGCUCUCACCACACCGCAAUUAUCCCCAGCUCUGGACGAAAUUAGCCCCGAACAGCUCGAGAAAAUUGUCGGCAUUGUAGCUGCUACCGCCGAGGUCGAGGAGUCAGACAUCGAUCCGCGAGCUACUCGACUUGUGUCCCUCGGCCUUGAUUCUGUCUCAGCGAUCCGAAUCGUUCAGAAGGCUCGCGAGCAGGGAAUUCAGCUGUCUUUGCGUGAUGUCAUCGACGGCAAGACUUGUUUUGGCAUUGCGGCGCUCAUCCAAGGCAGUAAGGGUCGUGUCCGAGAUUCAAGGGGAUCCAGCCAGUCAGGAGAAAUCCCGGCGCUGCCGGGCCAGCUCAUGCACCUUGCAGCUGCCAGUGCGCCUGCGUCCAAUGGGGGGGUCUAUUCCUUUGCGUACAAUCUCGGUACUUUGCUCGAGACCAGCCAUGUGCGCCAGGCAUGGCAAACCCUCCUUGAAACACACACGAUCCUUAGCGCUCGCUUUUCGAGUGACGUUGAAGGCAAGGUCAUUGUGACUAUGGACAACGAAAGGGAAGAUUUGAAGACAUGCCGCGACGAGGGUGACCUUGCAGCUUUGCUGCAUGAUCUUGUAGCUUCAUCGCUGCAGAGAUCUUCGCCGAGACUGGUGCAUGUGCUGCCAUCCAAGCGGACUGGGACCUCUGUUCUGCUGCUGCAAUUGCCUCACGCACUAUACGACGCGCAGAGUCUGCAACUGAUGCUUACAGACUUAUUCGCACUGGUCACGGGCGGGAAGACUGUCGACGAAAGGCCAUCCUUUGCAGAAUUCGCCCGCUUCGCAACAACCUUUUGUCGUUCAAAGGAUGCCCGCGCAUUCUGGGAGACAUCUCUUUCGGGCAUGCGACCAACUCUCCUGGCACCAGCCUUCCAAGGAGGAUCCGGCCGGACGACGCUUUUCUGGCGAAAGGAUCUCCUCACAAAUGUCAAGUCUGCACGUGGCAGGCUGCUCGCAGAAGGCUCGCACUCGAACCUGCAAAGCUGUGUCAUGGCUGCCUGGGCGAAGGUCUUGGGUGAAGCGACCGGACAAGAGUCGCCCAUCAUUGGCUUCAUGCACAGUGGGCGGUCCGCUCACUUCCCCUUGCUCGACCAGCUUGCCGCACCCUGCGCCAACCCUCUGCCGAUCAUGGCAAGGAAUGCGAUCAAGGACAGUCUGGGCGAUCUUGCGUCCGCCAUCACCUUCGAACUGGACAUGCGCAGAGACUUUGAACAGUCUUCGCUCGUCGAUAUUGCGCGAUGGUCCUCCUGA